AUGGGAUUCUUCCCUGAAAUAUCUAUAUUUUCACGUUCUUUUCAAGAAUGGAUGGACCUUAUCUAUGAUAACAGAGAGAUAUGUAAAAAACCAGCACCAAUCUGUUACAGUAUGGGUUUGGCUAUGGCACAUUUAAUUGCUCUUCCGAUUUAUAUUAUGGCAUUUUACACAUUAUACGCUGAAAAAUCUCAAAACUUCAAAAUUUAUAAGCGAUACUUGGCAACUCAUGUUAUUAGCAACUUUUUGUUUGAAUUUCAUCUUUCUGUUGUAAUGAAGCCAGUUCUCUACCUACCGUACCCAGUAAUUCGAUUUUCUGGUGCAUUUUUUCUAACUUAUAUCAAUGGUUUUAUUUCAUUUUGUAUUAUGUAUCUUUUUAUCGCCUCAACUGGAUGGUCCAUUCUUGAGCUUUUAUAUUUUCGAUUCAAAUUAAUUUCAAGUAAUACAGUAACUUCAAUUUGGAUUGCAAAAAGUUCAGUUUUCGUUAAAAAUGUACGACGAAUUCUGAUAGUUUUCUCUUCUUGCACGUUUUGUUUCCUGUUGCUUGGUAUUACAGGAAUGUUUGAUCAAACUGCUCAUAAAGAGAAAUUAGAGAUCAUCAACGAAUUUCCCGAAUUAACCUGUACGUCGGCUGUAACACUUCCGAAAUCUUCAACAGAUAUUAAACCUAUUCACUUAUUUAAUGCCUCUGUUUUUGUGUCAAUAAUUGUUGGAAGUAUUCUUUGUGCAACAAUGGGAUCGGUAUCGUUAUUGGCUCUUCGAGAAAUGGUUAGAGAAUGCAGUUCAUCGUUGAGGACAAUUUCGAUGCACAGAGGAUUUCUGAUUAGUUUAUUCUGUCAAAUUGGAGUACAUGGAGUUAUGUUAGGAUUCCCAUUGUUUGUUUAUAUGACUUCAAUAGUUUUUCAUUUUGAUGGAAAUGAUGUUGGCUACGUGGCAAUCGUGCUAGCUUCUCUUCAUGGAGCAAUGAGCACACUGGCGAUGAUUGUGUUCACCCGACCGUUGCUCAAUUUCGCUAGAUCAAAGCUUCACUCAAUUUUCUUUCCACGAAAUAUGUCGAUUCGUGACGUGUCUUUCCUCUCAAGCAGUCAAUCGAGGCACCAGAGUAGUGCUGUAAAUGGAGGCUAG